AUGACUCACUGGUUCUAUCCAGAGCGUGGCAAGUACAAAGAUUGGGGUAUCCAGCAUUCACUUGAUAUCUGGCAUGCUGCAAAAAGUCUGAGCAAGAGACUUUUCCGGCUGACGUGGGUUGGUGUGCUACACCACGUUCGUAAUGAACAUGUUUGGGCCACCGGCUGUUGUGAACAUGAGCCCCUGGACGGGGACAGUGGAGAUAAGCCCUGGAUCGUACAAGGUUCUGCAUGUUACAAGGCACUGACGGCAAUCGUGCUGGAAAAGAGGUUUUUGAACCUGGUGAAGAAGUUUCUUAACUUCAGGACCACAUCAGACCUGGAGAGUUUCCAGAACCACGUCCUGAUGUACGCAGCAAAGCGCAUGGGAUACACACCCUUCGUGUACAAGACACAAACCCUUCUAGCGGCUAUUGAUUAUAACAAACACAACCAACGUCAGGCAGCACGUAAUAGGGAAGGGCACAAGAUGUACAAACGGUCGUACAACAAGAAGACAAAGAACUGGACAGUCGGCACAAUUAAGGAAAUAAAAAAGUACAGCUAUAUAUGGGAGAUACAGACAGCCAUCCUGUCCCGUAGGAUAGCAAGUGGAACUGGCCUGCCCCGAACAGUGACGAUGAGGGCUGGUGACCCAAGACGGCUCGGCCUGCUUGCCCCUGUUCAGCCACCGCCCACAUCCGAGCUUGUGAGGGUGCAAUUAGCACGAGGAAACAUGUUUCCUGAAAACCCACAAGAGGAUGCCACCAUAUAGCCUUGCUCUUUUUU